GCUUUUGUCUUCAUGUAUAUAAAAGCGAUGGUAAAACUUUCACUCAUCAUAACAUUGAUAUUGGCUACAAGAUCGAGCUCCAUACAGAAUCUGUUCAUUCAGCCAGAAUUUAAAAAAAUCUAGUUUCGAAGAGAUACUUCUCUGUCUGAUUUCUUGUCGCGAAUAUUGUUUUUUGCACGAUCGUAUUAGGUCUUUGAUUUCUUCGACGGUUUUUAUCCUGAUAUAUUUUCAAAGGAUGGAUAUUCUUACGUCAUCGACUUUGGUUCUUUACAUUACCGUGACUUACUUCAUGAGCUCACAAGCCCAGUUAGAACUUCACUACGCCGAACAAGAACUCGUUGGAUUCAUAGGAGAAGAUUUAACAAUCGUCUGCGAGGCCGAUUUCCAGGACACAGAAAGUUUACAAGAAAAGAUACAAUGGCUUCGAGGGUCACCUGUGGAAGAAAUGGAUAUCGUUGCCCAAAGGGAUCGACGAAUCUCUAUCGAUACAGAUAUUACAAGCAAUACAGGGGCUGAAGUGAGAGUGAGGUCAAAUCUCACAAUCUCUGGUCUGGUUCUAGGAGAUUCAAGCAACUAUACUUGUUGUAAGAGGGAUUCGUACAAUUGUAUAUCAUGGGAUACUCGACAACGGAGGCAGCUACAAGUGGAAAUUCACCAAAAACAACGUGUUCAAGUUUCACAAGUUUCACAAGUUUCAGAUUUGGAAACAUCUACCAAAUCCAGCCUACCAGUUUCCACAGUGGAAACACUCCUCGCAUCUACCAUGUCUACUGUCUCUACAACUAUUUCCGAUGAAAUUAAUGAUAUCCCAACGAUAUCAGGGGGUGGAAACGGGGCAUUCCGUCAAAAUUCUCGGGCGGUAUACACUGUAGCUCUUCCAUGCGCUAUAGUGUUCAUCUCGACGAUCGUGGUUAUCGCUAUCGCCCGAUAUCACUGGAGGAGGAAGCAUGUUGAGACUCCCGUCGAGACCUUCGCAGCAGAAACAGUCUAGUUAAAUCUGACUGACUUACAUGACGAACUAACCAAAGGUCCGAUGCACCAGAAAUAUUACAAUUUCAUCAUUGGUAUAAGAAUUGAUUUUGUUUUGAAUGGUUUUGUUUUGAUUUUGUCUGUAAUGGCCGGUACACAAUGUGGGGAGGGUUUCACGAGAAAUUCUUGCUCUUAGCCAAUCAGAUGCAAGGAUUUCAGUAGCUUAUAACAUCUAUUGGUUGGUGUAAAAUCACUGACAGCGAGACCUUCCCUGUUCUAUCAGAUAAUUUUAGGCUAAUUCAAUGAUUGGGAUUGUAAUUAGAAAUAUAUGUAAAAUGUAAUAUUCCGUUGAUUGGCAUUUUUCAUAUUGAAGUGUUUAUCAGUGUUUAACGCAGAACCAAGUUAUACAUGCAAUUUUCUUUUAAGGAGCUAAUGUUUAAUUUGAUUAUUUUUAUAUAAAAAACAUAUAUAUACUAUCCUGAACAAGUUCCCUCGUUUUUAAUAGAUCAUAUGCAAAAGGUGGGCGAUGUUUACGAAUUCCAGGCACGACUUAUACCACUGCAAUGCCUGUUUGGGAAUUUCUUGCAAACAAAAUGAGAAGAAAAACAUGAAUCAAUAAAUCAUAACAUUAUAUAAAUCAUGAUGACUUUGUUUUUAAAAGUCAAGUACCUUUUCGACGGCUCUUUCCACCGUUGAUGAUACAUAAUAUUAUUUGUUGUUUGAAGGUUUGCAUGGUGUUAUGUACAAUCGCUGAUGUGGUUUACGGUACACCAUGUGAAGUGUUGUAGAAACAGUGGAUAGGAGAAGAGAAGAAAUGGAUAGGCGAGAAAGUGGAGAUUUGAGAGUAGAGUAUUCUUUCUUGAAAGUAGUCCUGAAAAGGACUGUAAACCAGGAAAGAUUGAUGAGUUGAGAACAGCUUGAGUAGUAGAGCUAGUGAGGAGAUGCUGGCUUGAGUCGGCGAGUAGAGAUGAUGAGUGGUAGAGAGACUCGACGUUUCGGGCAGGUUGACUGUCCGUCUUCAGGAGUGUACCGUAAACCACAUCAGCGAUAAUAUUAUUUCUUUCUUUUUUAAAUAAUAUAUAAUAUUAAGAACACCAGAAAUAUGAAUCAUGCAUUUGUGUAGAUGAUUAUACUAUUUUGUCAUAUAAUUUUUAUGGAUUAGUUUAAUACUUGCAUUGGCCUAUUAUUGUAGAUCGAAUAUGUGAUGUAUAGAGAAGUUGCAAUAUGUGUAAAUAAUCAGUGUUUGUUUGUGUGUGUGCUAGUGUGUAUAUAAUCGAACAUCAUGUAGAUGAAACAGAUUCAUCAUUUUGAACUCUUUAAGGUGAAACCUAAGGCUGAUGUCAUCCUUUCAAUAUAAUUGCAACUUGGUUUUAUUCACUUUGGUUUCAGAAAUCAAAAUUCUAGAUGGAUUUGAUUUUUCAAGAUUUGAUUUUUUAUUAUUAUGGUCCAUGUAUAUAUAAUUUCUAUAAAGCAAAAAUAUUUCGGAACACUUGUGCAACCAUCGGUUUUUACGAAAGAAAACAAACUUAUCUCCAUGCACAAUGGUAUGUGAGUCAACGUUUAAUUAUUAUGAUUUGAUCAUGUUAAUUUACAUUGACUUAUUGUAAACGCAUAGAUGUAAUAAGAAAUGAUUUAUAAUGAUAAGAAAAAAAGUUCUUCAUUCCACAAUCACAAAAAUUUGCCAGGUUUUAGCAAGAUAAAGACCGUCGUCGUUUUAUAAUUAUGAUUAUGAAAGAUGCCAGAAGGUGCAAAAUACACCUGUAAAAAUAUGACAUCGAUACACAAUGAAGACUGUGUUGUUGAUUGGUCAAGAUGACCGCAUCUAUCGUUUUACUCUGGGGUUUUAAAUUCUUGGUGUUCGUUGAACACCUGUGGGUGUUUAAUAUUACAACACCUUUGUUGUUUCUUUUACACUCUUUGGUGCUAUGUUCAAUAUCUAGAGUGUAAAUUGAAUACCUCAGUGUGUGGUUCUCUACAGGGAUACAUCAACGGGUGUCAGAUUUAACACCUCAGCAAUUAUCAAUGUAAAGUUGAACCUAUUUUUUUUGUAUAAAUGAUUAUCAAUAUUGCUUAUCGUAUAGCCAACACCCCCCCCCCC